GUGCUGCUGCUAUGGCAACAGACAACACACAUCUUCGAAUUGAAUAUUUUGGCACUUUUCGGGUUGCUGUGUUCGUCGAUAGGCGUGCAAGUAACGAAAAUAGUUGGAAUUCAUUGCUCGGCCGGAGUACACCACAAUAGCAGGCACAGCCUCUCAGCAAAGCCAGAAAGAUCGGAUUUGUUUCGUCGAUACUCGUCGGAUUAGAGUGCUUCAGAAGACUAGUCAAACAGUGGAGAGAAGAUCGUUCCCUGAUUCGAUAAUAACACUCGUUCGCUAGCCGAGGAAUUUCGAGUACCCAGUGUCAAGUGUCAAGGGUCGGAUUAAGUUGAGGAUUAAAGUGAGUGAAUGCGAAGAAGAACCCCAGUGGAAGAAAACAAAAGAUUUAAACGCUCGUCCUGAUAGCAUCGUGACGAACCCCAGCUCAACGGAUCCCAGAAAAAAAACACGUGUUACUUCUUCCAGUCCCAACGUCCGGAUUUAAAAGUGGAUAAAUAGCAGUCGCCGAAAAAAAUGAUGUCAUUAAAUUAAACACCACCAGCAACAAUCGAGAAUCGAGGGCUGUUUUCCACAAAAUGUGAUCCCAAUCGGCUUCCGACUCAAAGGAACAUAGUCAUUUGAUGAGCAGGUAGCAGCAUCGGAGUAAACGACCAAAGAGCACCAAAUAGCAUCGAUCAAAGCAGGAGAAGAGAAAGAAGCUAAAAGAAGAAACGGAAGAAGAGAGUGAGGUUGAAAACAAACCGAAUUAGUCGGUCGGCCCGAAGAGUGGCGGAGUUUUGUUACACCCCAAAGGUAGACAGAAAAGCCAUCAAUCUGGAGUCGCAAACGAUCGUCGACAUGCUGCAAAGCACGUUGGGGUCGGCUCAACGGUUUAAAAAGCGGGAGCGGACGCAGAACUGGGCGUACGAGGAGAAGCACUUUCUGCUGGAGCUAUGCCGGAAGGAUAUGCACAUUAUCGAGAAUAAACGGCUGGACAGUGCGCUCACCUCGCUGAAGAACCGGGCCUGGAAGAUCAUCCACCAGCAGUUUGCGAUCGCGUUCGGCACGGACCGGAACUGCAACCGGCUGAAGGAGCAGUGGCGGCGGAUGAAAGCCUGCACACGUGCCGAGAUGCUCGAUUACCAACAGCGCAUCCAACGAUACGGCCAAGAAGUGGCAGACCGCAAAAAGCCGAGCCAGUUCACCUUCGAAAUCUGGGAGUUUAUGCAAGAGGCGAAGAAGGUGUGCAAAAACGAACUGAUGGACGAUGUGGACUACUCGAAGAUGAAGCUCUCGCUCGAGGAGAACCUUCCACAGGGGGUGUCGAUCAAGGACUCGAUCAGCGACGAGAACGACGACGAAAGCUCAUCCGUGUGGGAGAAGAAUUCACAAAACCUCUGCGAGGUUCAGAUCAAAGAGGAUUCCAUGGAAGAAGGUGAUGACUACGACAAAAGUCGACCAGCCAAAUUUCCCCGGCUAGGGGCUUUGCCGAGUUCGUCCCCAUAUUCGGCAGAAAACGCACAUACCAAAUUCAACGAGCUGUUGGCAAGCAGCUUCGCCAGUCGACUGAACGAGCAUCUGGCCAACAACAACAAUAACAACAAAAUCGAUGUCGAUAGCUACAGUCGAACAUUUGGUAGCGAUUCGAACGUAUCCGAUGUACCUGUUAACAUGUCUCAGACUGAUCUGAGCAACACGCUGGAAGCGCUAAAUAUCCUGAAGAGCCGAUUCAACCGACUCAACGAGCUUGGCCAGUGGAAGAAUGCAUUCCACGAAGCGCAGAAUCUCAGCACCAACGCCAACAACAGUCACAACGAGCAUCAUCCCCAUCAGUCACCACAUCCGUCGCAUCAACCGCUUCCACUUCCGCCCCCAGUGCAGAGGGAGCUUCAGCAACCCAGUUCCCCAAUUCCGGCCAGUGCGAGUGCCACCAGCAGCAAUAGUCAGCCAAAUGCGACUAACAAAGUGGCCGAACAACACCAGCAGAGCGAACACGAAUUACGGAUGGAGAUAUUAAAAACUGAUCUCGAGACGGCUAAAAUCAAUAAAGAAACCGCAGAAAUCAACCGACAAAUUGCACUCCAAAAGUUAAACAGUCUGAACAGUUGAAAUAAUAAUCAUGCCUAAGCCAGCCGAGGCGCGCACCAGACGCAGUACUUAGUGCUAAUAGUAGGCAUAAUACAAUAAUUUCAACCCGGUCCAAGCAACUAUAUGGGGAGACGCGAGCGCGCCAAGUUGAUCAAAGCAGGCUAAUCAAACGAGAAAGAGAGAGAGAGAGAGAGCGAGUGCGUGAGUGCGAGCGUUAGAGAAAGACUCUAUGCAAAAUAGCUACCUCGAGAGGGCGGUGGUCCACCACUAGUAAAAGCCACUGCCACUGUAAAUCUUCGGAGUGCUUAAACUGAAACUAGGCGCUUCGGAUCUUUUACAAUGCUUUUCUGUUAUUAUUAUUACUAGUUUUUGGCUUUUCUUCGGAAUUUUACACUUUUAUUUUUUUCGUUCAAGAAGAAAAAGGUAUAAUUAUCACUCUCCUUUUUUGUAGAACAAAUUAAUUAGAACCAAAUCGCCUAUCCGAGCAUCGACUAUAGGAUAGGUUUGUGAGAAAGAAAGUGCGGUGUUGUUUCAAUGAAAGCACACUCGGCACACCACUGCACCAACACAUGCACACUUGUAAUAUUUAAUUUAAUGUAUCUUACUUCGAAGUAACAAUAAAUAUGAACUUAUAUAAAGGUAUAACUGAAUAAAAACAAACCUAUGUAACUGUACGA